CGAGCGGCAGUGCUGAGGGAGAGCACAGCAGCAGCAGCAGAUCAGGCGGAUAGAGAAAGAGGGAUAUGUGGAGACACCACCGGCGGUGGUGGUAUUGAAGGAGAAGAGAACGGCAGCGGCAGCAGCAGUACAGUGAGGUCAGGUAUCUAACAGGUACCCGUAGCAACGCACCUGCAGAGGAGGUCGGUGAGGUGAUUGUGCUCAGUGCCCGUGUCCCUGAACUACACGUCAGAUAAGUCAGGACUAGUGUGGAGGAAGAGAGUCGGGGGAGUACUUACAUAUACACAUUGACUGACACUAAAGAGAGAGGCGGAGAAGAGGGGAAGAUCAAAGGAUAAAGUACAUCAAUAGGGGACCAGAUUAUAGUUAAAACCUGGUAGCCCAAUUCAUAGCCCUCUAUGUACGGGGACAGGCUGCUAACGGUGAUAGCAGUGGAGAAGUAGUUUUUCCUCGUAUUUGGAUAUGGCACUCUGAACAUUUACAUAUUGAAUGUGAUACCAUUAACACAGGGAGACUGAGCGGUAUACAUAAAUGCAUUACUGGAAGUAAUAUCAGGAGGAAGAGGACUAAGUCAUUUAUGAGCUGCAGCCUAAAUAUACAGAUGUUAAUAAGUUAUUGACUACUCAGAGUAGAAAGAGAGCACUACUCCCUCUCGACUGUUCACAGGUCAAUAGGAAAGGGAGUAUGAUGGACAUUAAUGCUCAGUGUCAGUGAAACCAACCCCUCAGGGUACAAGGAUCUCCUCCCCCCCUGCCAGAAAUUGUAUGGAUGGACGAGGGGUGUGCCACUUUAGCAAAACCACUCUCCGAGCCACGUGAGGUAGAAACACAAUGCACCUAUAUGGAUACCCCCUUCUAGCGAAUAGACACCACUAUACCCCUGACCCACCAAGUAGUCAUUUGACUAAGACAAUUUGAACUAUAUGACCUUGGAAGCCCAGUGGUGAAGUACUCCCUGAAAGAGUGUCCUUAAUUGGCCUUAGCGACAAAGUAAUCACUUACAUCAUCAGUCUGCUGACUACAAGAGGUGAUCGUUUUGCUUACUAGUGUACCGCAGAGGAAAUAUCACAGCUAUACUACUGGAGAUAGUUAAGUUGAGCAGAAGACUGAUGGAUAAUACGAAUAAACCAAGACUACCAGAAGCAGUAUACGAAAACAGGAAGAGAGGAAAAAGCAGAGAAAAGAAGAGUAAGAAGGGAAGGAAAGAGUAGGGUCUUCUCCAUCUGAAGAAUGGGUCCUCCAAUGGGGCUCGGAUUCUGCAGCUCCUGUCUGAGAGGGAGGCUGAAUGGAUUGGCAUUGCAAAAGACUUGGCUUAAGGUCAUAUAUUAUGGAAUUACUCGGACUAUUUACAGUGAAACAGGACAGUGGGAAAAAGUAUAUGGAUUGGAAACUAGAAGAAAGGUGGAGACUUUUUGGCAUUACAGGAUAAAAGACCAUUUUACCAAAAUCAGUGAAGUAGAUAAAUCAAAACCGAAGUUUUAUGUCUUAUCCAUGUUUCCGUAUCCCUCUGGAAAAUUGCACAUGGGACAUGUACGAGUUUACACACUAAGUGACACAGUAGCACGAUUUCAGAAGAUGCGAGGCAUGCAGGUUAUUAAUCCAAUGGGCUGGGAUGCGUUUGGACUGCCUGCUGAAAAUGCCGCCAUUGAACGUGGCUUGAGCCCUGACACCUGGACCCGAAGUAAUAUUGAGAACAUGAGGCAGCAGCUGGAAAGGAUAGGCCUGUCGUUUAGCUGGGAUAGGGAAAUUACCACUUGUGCGACGGAUUAUUAUAAAUGGACACAGUAUUUGUUUGUAAAGAUGUAUGAAUCUGGACUUGUUUAUCAGAAAGAGGCACUCGUAAAUUGGGACCCUGUAGAUCAGACAGUGCUUGCUAAUGAGCAGGUGGACGAAAAUGGAUGUUCCUGGCGUUCUGGAGCAAAAGUGGAGCAAAAAUACCUAAAGCAGUGGUUUCUUAAAACAACAGUAUAUGCAAAGGCUAUGCGAGAUGCUCUAGCUUAUCUUCCCGAAUGGUAUGGUGUGAAAAGUAUGCAAGCAAACUGGAUUGGCGACUGCAUUGGCUGCUUUUUUGAAUGCAUGUUAAAGGUGAACAAUGUGGAAACUGGAGAAAAGAUUUCUGCUUACGCUUUUAACCCAGAGGCUAUUUAUGGAGCAUCUCACAUUGCUAUAUUACCAAACCACAGACUACUACAUGGUGGCAGCAGUGUGAAGGGAGCCCUUCAGAAAGCAUUCACAGAAGGCAAAGAUUGCCUUACUCGAGUCUCAGCAAUAAAUCUCUUUACUAAGCAAGAGCUUCCUGUUAUUAUAUCUGCAAAUUGUGCGUUUGAGGGCUAUCUGGACAGUAAAAUUGGUAUUCCAAGCACAAACUCUGAAGAUGCCAUUUUGGCUGAUAAAUUAGGCCUGGCCUAUGUCAGGGUUACAGAGACACUUAGUGAUGGUACAGAGAGGAUUACAAAUUCUGCAAAGUUCACAGGCCUGUCCAGACAUGAGGCUUUCCAGGCCAUAACCCAACAAGCACAGGAUGAAGGAGUGGGUGGACACCUGACCAGUGACAAGCUGAGGGACUGGUUGAUAUCAAGGCAGCGUUACUGGGGUACACCUAUCCCCAUCAUCCACUGUUCAUCCUGUGGCACUGUCCCUGUGCCUUAUGAUGACUUACCUGUGGUCUUGCCCAGUGUGUCUUCCUUUACAGGCAAGGGUUCUUCCCCUUUAUCAGUGGUUUCUGACUGGAUAAACUGCAAAUGUCCAAGGUGUGCAAGAGCAGCUUUGAGAGAGACAGAUACAAUGGAUACUUUUGUUGAUUCGGCUUGGUACUAUUUGAGAUAUACUGAUCCCUGUAACUCUGAAAGGCCAUUUGACAAGUCUUUGGCUGACUAUUGGAUGCCUGUUGAUUUGUACAUUGGAGGAAAGGAACAUGCCGUGAUGCACUUGUACUAUGCCCGCUUCUUCAGCCACUUCUGCAAGUCGCAGGACAUGGUGACGCACAGAGAACCUUUCAACAAGCUCUUAGUACAAGGCCUCAUCAAAGGACAGACUUUUAGGCUUUCCUCCUGUGGCAGAUACUUGAAGAGGAAUGAAGUGGAUAUUAGUGGAUCUGAAUAUAUUCAUGCUGAGACCGGGGAGAAACUCCAGGUAACGUGGGAGAAGAUGAGCAAAUCCAAACACAAUGGAGUGGAUCCGGAGGAAAUGGUGGAGAAAUAUGGCAUUGAUACCACUCGUCUCUAUCUUUUAUUUGCAGCCCCCCCAGAGCAAGACAUAUUAUGGGAUGUAAAGACUGACGCAAUACCUGGGGUACAGAGGUGGCAGUCACGAGUGUGGACAAUUGCAAGCAAGUUUAUUGAAGCUAGAAGCUCCUUAUUUCUACCAUCUCCUAAACAUCUCAAUAAGAAUGAAAUAGCAGAGGCCCAAAAAAUCUGGCAAAACAGAAACCUUGCUGUUUGUAAGGUAACCAGCUACUUCACUGAGGAUUUCGUUUUCAAUGCAGCUAUUUCCCAGCUAAUGAGUCUAAGCAACAUACUCUUGCAUUCAUCUUCAGGUGUCGUUCAGCACAGCAGUGAAUUUGAGGACGCAUUAGCAAGUCUCAUCAUUAUGAUGUCACCCAUGGCCCCGCACUUGGCAUCGGAGUUAUGGAAAGGUGUGGCACAGGUGGAGCAUAAGCUAUGCACUCAGUAUGACUGGAGCAAGGAUGUCCUCCUGCAAGCCUGGCCCACAGCUGACCCUGAAUAUCUUCGUCAGCCUGACACAGUGGAGAUGUCUGUAAUGAUUAAUAAUAAAAUCUGUGGGACAAUCAGCCUUCCGUUUACUGUAUCGCAGGAUGCAGAGAAGGUGCAAACCCUGGUCCUGCAGAGUGAACUGGGCACAUCAUACCUGCAGGGACGCACCAUCAAGAGGGCGAUCCUUUCUCCGAGAACCGCUCUCAUCAACUUCCUUGUGCAGCAGUAAUGUGUUUCACAUUAAAAGCCUUGAUACCAGCUAUCCGUAUGUGGACGAAUUGUAUGGAAAAUGUUGCAGAAUUGACUGCGUUAAGUACUUUUCAGUGCAUCCAUUACAUGAAUCUUCACAACAUAUUUUCUUUAUUUUAUUUAUUUAAUUUUUAUACAAAGUACAGUACAUGCGGACCCUCAGUUAUUUGCGUUUCAGUCAACGUCAGAUGCAUACCGAGGUCUGGAGAUCUACAGACGCUGCUUCGUUUGUGUCUGAUUUCUGUCAAAAUUUGGUUAAUUCCUUUAUAAAAGCUUUCAAAUGAUAUAAGAGGUGCUCACUUACUGACAUAUUCUGUAUUUGUUGGUUAUUGCUUUGAUGAUUUGUUUAUAUGUAUCAUUUCCUUCAUCCGCUGCCUCUUUAUUUAAUUUUUUGGUUUUUGCUUUAAUCUCAUAGCAAAUUGUUACUGUUCAUCUGGAGUGCCAGGAACUGAAUUUACUUACAUUUUUUUUUUUUAUUGACUUAAAAAAAUGUUGUGCUAUAUAUAAAAUUAUGAAUGAAAUAAAACAAUUUUGGGCCAUAGGGGAACACUGAUUAAAGCAAAUGUGACAUAUA